AACUGUAUACAGUAGUGUGCGUGAGUGAGAAGGAGAAAGGAAACGCAGACGGUUAAUGUGACAGCUAAAAUAGCUACACGGCUGUCUCUGCAGUAAUGUUCAUGUGGCGUUAGGAUGAGCUUCCCGGAAUCCCGUAUUGUGACUCCUGGGCCGUACCGCGCUACAAAACUGUGGAAUGAAGUUACCAAGCUUUUCCGGGCUGGCAUGCCCUUGAAGAACCACAGACACAAUUUCCGAAGAUACGGCAACUGUUUCACUGCUUCAGCAGCUGUAGACUGGUUGCAUGAACUGCUGAAAAACAACAGCAAUUUUGGGCCCGAUGUUACCAGGCAGCAAACAAUCCAGCUUUUAAGGAAGUUCCUAAAGAAUCACAUCAUUGAAGAUAUUAAAGGAAAGUGGGGCACUGAAAAUCUUGAGGAUAACAGUCAGCUAUACAGGUUUCCUUCAACAUCUCCCCUUAAAACCCUUCCAAACUCUCCUUCAAAUGUAAAAAAGAGAAGUCAAUAUGGAUCGAUUAAGGAUAAAGAUGGAUUCCUUAGAAUUUCUCAGCUGUACAAAAGAAACUCUAAGAAAUUUGAAAAUGAACAACAGGAAAAUGUUCAGCCAGGUGAGCAAGAAGAUGUGAAAAUGCUUGAAACUGAACAUGUACAUAGCAGAGACGUAACACAAGAAGACAUAGAUGAAAUCUGGCGAAACAUCACUCUGGUGCAUUUGCAGAAGACACUUGGCCUUCCAUCACUUGUGCAGCUUUUGGAUCCUGCAUUUGUUAAUCCUCAUCAUAUAAUAUAUAACAUGACUAAUGUUAACAAACAUGGUGUUGUAACAUUGCAAGAUAAAUCUGAUGACCUCCCUCACUGGGUACUCUCUGCUAUGAAGUGUUUGGCAAACUGGCCCAAAUAUGAAUCAAGUGAACCUUCGUACCCAGGAUUUGAAAGAGAUGUUUUUAAAUCUGUUUCAGACUAUUUCCUGAAUCUUACUGAACCUUUACUUACUUUUGAAUUUUAUGAACUAUUUGUGAAUAUUCUAGUGUUAUGUGGCUACGUAAUGACGCCAAAAAUACGAAAAGGAAAGCGAAAAAUUGAAGAUGAGUCCUAUUGUCAUCAACCAGCCAAAACUGCACAUUUAAAUGAGAUUAAUCCAUUUAAAUCAACUGAAUGUCUCCUAUUGAGUUUAGCGUGCAAGGAAUGUUUAGAAGAACCUCAGUCCCCACAAAAUAAGGGGCUUGAAGAAAGCACCAGAGCAAUCAAACGCGUUCUUCCAAAAGGUUCUGCAAAGGCACUGGAUCAUUUUGUUCUGGCCAGCAGAAGAGCAAGUAGUACUAAUGAUCUCAGGGGCAAACAUCAGAGCUUAUCACGUGUGAGGAUGCUGUCAAAGUCUUGGUCUAAUAGUUGUUCUUUAGAAGGUUUACUGGAUGUUUCAAAAGAGGGAGCUUUCAUUAGUAAUUCACAAACAACAUUUCAGUCUGAAGAAAGUUCAUUGCCAUGUUUGAUUACAGCAAUCAAUAAGACUGUUGAAAUGACAUCAUAUAGAAUUUAUCCCAAGCAAUCAAGUCAGAAAUGCAACAAUCAAGAAGAUACUGCCAUUGCUGCUCCAUCAGAAAUCAGUAGGCCUCCUACAAAAUCUAAUCGUUUUUGCCGCGACAAUUCCUCGCCAGCAUUGCAGUCUGGGAAACAACCAAAGAUGAGCAGAUCAGUCAGUGCUGGAAGCUGUGUUGGUUUUGGAUACAAAGAAGAAUAUGGAAGUUAUUCUAGUUUAAGCAUUCCCAUUGCCCCAGAUGUAAAUAAAUCAAAUUGCUCUUUGAACAAACUACAGAGAAGUCCAAGUAGAAGUAGUUUAAUGGUUUCUAAGCCUCAGGAGUAUACUCACUCUAAUUGUCCAAACAGGCCCUGGAAAAGCACUUUGGAACUUAGCAAGAGUGCUACAUCUGCAGCUGUGUUGCCUUUGCCCAAUUUUGCACAUCCUCAUACUGCUGAUGAAAGUUUACUUCAACCUCCUUUGGAAAGGGUUGCAAUUGAGGCACUGCAGCUCUGUACAUUAUUUCUACCUCCAGCCAAUCGGCGCAGACUCCAGUUGCUAAUGAGAAUGAUGUCUCGAAUGAGCGAAAAUGUCGACAUGCCACGACUUCAUGAUGCCAUAGGCACACGAACUCUGAUGAUACAUACCUUUUCACAUUGUAUACUAUGUUGUGAAGAGGAAGUUGACUUAGAUGAACUCUUAGCCACCAGGUUAGUCUCCUUCUUCAUGGAUCAUCAUCGGGAGAUUCUUCAGAUACCUGUUUAUCUGCAAAGUGCUGUUUUGGACUAUAUUGACUACCUCAGAAAAGUUAAGAUCACAUAUCCAAGUGGAAAUGCUAGUGCCACUUUGCCAUCCUAUUCUUUCUGCAAGCAAAUAAGUCCUCAGGAAUUUGAGCAACAGAAGGUUUCUGCAUCUCAAGUAGCAAUUGCAGAGUUGUUAGAAAGUCUCAUCAAAGAAAAAAACAUCUCUGUUAAGGAUAAAAAGAAGAAGCUUAAACAGUUUCAGAAGGAGUAUCCAGAAAUUUACCAAAGUCGCUUUCCAACUACAGAGAGUGAAGCUAAGCUUUUUGAUGAGAAACCAAAGAUAAAACAACCACUAUUAAUAUCACUGAAGAAAACUAAAAUACUUGGAGCACAAAACUAAUUAUUACCCUCUUCAGUAAUUGUUAUAUCAGAAAAAGAAAAGUAUCAAGAACAUUAUGUUCUGCACAUUGUUAAUAUAUUUUGUAUUACUUUCAAAGAAAAUGCAUAGUGGAAUUCUUUGUUCUUGACCCCCCCAACCACCAUCCUCCCAAAUAGUUAAACUAAAUAUUAUCCUGUAUAGAAUUUUGGGAGUCUCUUAAGAAAUCUUUUCUUAAAGAAAUUCCCAUUGUUUUUGUUGAGUGCUGGUUGUAAGUUCUAUUAAAUAAGUCUUGAGCUUUUCUCUCCAAUCUUAAAGAGCCAUUGAGCUCUCUUCUUGAAGGACAUUUCCAAGAUGCUUGUUUAAGCAAGUACUUUUAAAGCAACAUGCAUCUUUUAUGAUUGCACUACUUUAGCUAAACCUUUUUUGAUGUUUUGAAAGAUGUAUUUAAUAGACUGGUGCCUAAGCUAUUUUUCUAUUUUGUAAAAAAAUCUUUUACUUUGUAUUUUUUUCAUCUGAUUUUAUAAACGAGUGCUUUUUUUUUCCUGAGUAACUGAAAUUUUCUUAUUCAUUCUUAUUUCUGUAUUCAUAGUCAUGGUAAGACUUUACCCUUGGCUUUAAUGUACCACAUUUAAAAGAAUAAUCCACCCAAAAAUUUAUAACCUAUGUAAACUUAUUUGUUACUCCAUGUAGUUUGUGUUAGUGGCUGAGGACAUUUUAAAUCUCCUGUUUUCAUAGAGAAAGUACAUGACAAAGAUUCUAACUGAAAGGGACAUAAUAGUGACCACUGCUGAACAACAGAAAACAAUGUGAAAAAUGUCCGUGGUAAAUUGAAGACGGGACUCUUGACCAGUGAGUCUAGGGGAUUGGCAGAUCUUCAAUCUAAAAGUGCAGCAUUAUGGAAAGUAUCUUGUAUGCUGAGUUAUGUAGAAGUAAAGAUUUAUAACAUUUUAGCAAAGAGCAUGCAUCUUGCACAUUUUGAGCAUAGAACUGGACCACAGACAUAUGAAUUAUGCAGUACGCGUUACAUGAUUUUUCGAGAUGUUUUUCACGUUGUUUGCCAUUGUCCAAGGUUAGCCACUAUUCGGUCCUGUGUAAUUAGAAUCUUUUUGUUAUGUACUUUCUCCAUGAAAACAUGAGAUUAAAAAUUCUUGCCCACCCCUACAAUCUACAUGGGGUAUGUAACGUAUAAAAAAAUUGGGCGGAGUAUUGCAUUAUUCAGUUAUUCACAUGUAAAUUAAAUGAGAACCCAAAGUCACUCUACAUCACAAAUUAACUACACACAAUAUUUGUGUAACAACUUUUAUUUUUUCUUUUUAUAUGUACAGAUUUGUUUCAUUUCUUUGUUUGUAAUUUAAGCAAUUUCAGUUUCAAUUUGUAUUAUUACUAAUGCUCUCAUUGUAAACUGACAGCAAGUGUACAAAUUCCACCACACAACCUCAGAAUAUACUUUUGUGUUUUUGAUUGUAUUUGAUCCAUAAUAUACACAAUAGAGUUCUUUGGAAUGUUAAAUUAAAGAUUUCUUACUUUUUUCAAAUUUAUUUACCUUAUUUAUAAAGAAAGAACAGCAUUUAUUUGAUAGGUCGAGGUUUUGGCAUGUGAAGGAUCUUCAUUGAUGGCACUUGUUAACUGAUUUUCAAAUUCAACAGUUUAUUGUACAAUGAAUUUCUUAUUGAACAUUUAACAUGUCGCCACUCUCCAGUGCCAUAUUUAGCCAGCAUUACUAGUCGAAAGUGCAGCUAAACUGGAAACCUCUAUGUUCAAACCACUUACAAAAUAAAACAGAAAGUGGAAACAAA